AUGACUACCAGAGAGAAUUCGUUUAGUGGACAUGCGAAGAAGAGGAUCAGACACUCGAAUGAUCCUAUUCCACACUGGAAAAAGACAAAAUGUCUUGAAUAUUUGGAGGCCGAGGAGGAACCGCCAUGUCAACUUACAAGUCUGCCUCCAGAGCUCAUGGAGCAAAUUGUUCAGCAUCUUGACACCAAGAGCUUUGUUCAAUUUUCCCGCACUUGUAAGACAUUUCAAGCAUUGUGCCGUGAUCCAUACUUUUGGAAGCGACACGUUGAGAACGUGUAUGAUUCCGGGUUUGGUAAAUAUCUCAUGAGAAUCCCAGACCCUGCACUGGCUCCCAAGAUGGUGUCAGCGCUGCUGUACAAACUGCAGUACGUAAAAGGUCUGAUCUACGAGAAGGAGUACCAAGGGUUAAUGGCGGGAGAUCCAGAAGUGAUCACGUGUCUGUACGCACUGGAUGCUAAAGACCCCUACUGGCAGCGAGGCAAACAGUUCCUUUUCUCCCAAAUGUUGAAGCUAUUCAACUUUCCGCUGCAUUAUUUCCAAGAUCAAGAUGAAUCUUCGAUAGACGACAUGGACCUCAGCUGGGGUGGUCUACUGUCCCUGCACCGGCAGCGAAUGAACCGCCCCGGUUGUGAUGUCAAGUUUUACGACUAUUACAUGGAAUGCUUAGCAGAUAAUUACAUCAUAAUAGAAGCUCUAUACGAUGCUUGCGUACAGACAGUAGAAAUAAGGACACUCGCUCGACUGUUGGAGGGCCACAGGUCGGCUGAUACCCCCAUAUUUAAGGCCAUACGUGACGUUCAAAUAUUAGAUGGAGACGAGGUCGACGAACUGUACGAUAUGGCCGAAGAAUUGAACCUGGGACAGGGGCCCAUCGUGGAUAUGCUAAUGGACCACUUAUUCAAAACCCACCCAUUCUUGAUGACAAACAAGGCCAAGAUUCGAAAUGGAGAAUUCGACCUCGACCUCGUAUUGAGGUACAUGAACAACUGCGCCGACUUAUACAGCGUUGUGGACCAACAGUACAAAUCAUGGUGCUUGUUCAACGAGUACGACUUGGACUCACUUGAGCAUUACGAGUCACUUGGACAGCGGUAUUAUGAAGUGCAGACAUUGUACACCUCUUUUCUCUGGGAUUUGCAUUAUCGCCAGAGUCCUUACGGUGCUCUGUGGGACCCCGGUAGAGCCAAGGAGGAAGUGGUGUGUUGGAUGAAUCAGUUGUGGGCCUACGGGGCGGAUAUCUUGAUCCGCCAGAUGGCGGUAAAGAGGAUGGUUCAGAAAAAUGCUUGGUUUCAUUUGAUGCCCGAGGUUGAAGGGUCAAAGUGGUACAGUCAAUAUUUGGAGGAAGGCGACACAAGUCCGAUCGCUCUGUCCAAGCUACAGGAAGAACUAUCCCGCAAGGAACAAAUUUUCUGCGCAUUGAAAGAGAUGAAUGUUGGCCAGAGGGUGCAUCGGACUCAGAAACGCCUGAUAAAACUGUUGCUGCCCCAAGCUUGCCACAGGGAUGUAACAUAUUAUGACGGCCCUAUUCCAUACGGACCUUGCACCAGGGCCCUGCAGUAUCGCAGACUGCACAAACUUGUGAGCGACUACAUUGACACAGGGAAAGAGGAAACAUUGGGAGAAAUUUGGGACUUCAUCAUGUUUAAAUUGAGAAGUUUCUUCGUUGAGGAGGAACAUCUGCGAGUCCCUAGCCACAGCCGGCAGCGCGGACGUAGAUAUAGGAGUAGGAGGAAUGUUGCCGUGAGAGAAUCUCGGUGUGCGGGCGGCUUUGUAACAGAGGGCCACGCCCAAACGACUGCGUGUACUACAAGCCUAAACAACAGCGCAUCUGUCGUUAGAGAUUUUGUUGGACUUGAAUGCGUUGGCAGGAAUACCAUGCAGGUUUUUGACAGUGGAUUUGCCUUUGAAUUUCACAACUCUCGUAGUGCAUGAACUGGAGUAUACAUUACGUCUACCACCGAGAGUUGGCCGGUUUGUAAUUUGUAUAUCUAAAAUUUUUUGAAUUUUUAAAAGAACCCUCACGAUCAUUGUUUCCAUCUGCAUGGGUUCUUCGACUUAAGAACUGAAAGCAUGGGGUUUCUGUGUACCGUUAUCCACAUGGACGCUCGCCAUGAUCAUGCACCUAUAAAUAGGUAGGCUACAUGUCAAGUAUUGGAUCUUGCCUGUGUAUGGUCGCAGUGUAAAAGAUCAUAGUGACAAUUCACAUAUUAAUGGUUAUAUUAUGUCAAGCUCAGUAUUUCGAUUGUACUGCAAAAUGCGUAUUAGGAUCAUGCACUGUUUUGAUUUUGUUUUAGAAAGUUUACGCAUAAGAAAUGGUGGAUUUUACACACUUUUGGACUGUGCAAUAUCUAUACAUAUAUAUAUUUGUUACAAGGUCAAUUUUAUGUAGAUUUGACUUUUAGAAAAAUAUUACAUAGACGGUGAAUCCAGCAGUAUACAUCGUCAAAAUUGCACAAGACGGUCAAUUAAAAAAAAAAAAAAAGGAUUAGGAUUUUCUUUAAUAGGUCGGUAUGUAGUAAAUGUGAGACAAUUGAACAAGUCUACGCAUUUUUAAUUUUUUUAGGAUCACUGAGCAGCCUGGUCAGUGAUGAUCCAUAUAUUAAUGGUUAUAUGUCAAAUUUUGUUUUACCAUUGUACUGUAAAAUGCGUAUUAGGAUCAUGCACUGCUUUGAUUUUGUUUUAGAAAGUUUACGCAUAAGAAAUGGUAGAUUUUACACACCUAUGGACGGUGCAAUACCUAUACACAUAUAUUUAUUAUAACGUCAAUUUUAUGUAAAUGUGACUUUUAGAAAAAUAUUACAUAGACGGUGAAUCCAGCAGUAUACAUCGUCAAAAGUGCACAAGACAGUCAAUUACAAAUGAAAAAAAAAAAAAUAAUAAUGAUAAAAAAAGAAUUUUAAAUUGGUCGGUAUGUAGAAAAUGUGAGGCAAUUCUACAAGUCUAAGUAUUUAAUUUUUUUUAGUAUCACUGAACAGUCUGUUUAAUGAUGAUUCAUAUUAAUGGUUAUAUGCCAAAUUUUGUUUUUUUCCAUUGUACUGUAAAAUGCGUAUUAGGAUCAUGCACUGUUUUGAUUUUGAUUGAGAAAGUUUACGCAUAAGAAAUGAUUACAUAGACAGUGAAGCCUGCAGUAUGCUUCGUCAAAUUGCACUAGACAAUCAAAUACAGAUAAAAAAGUGAUCUUCGAAAAUUGGUCGAUAUGUAUGAAAUGUGAGUCAGUUGUACAAGUUUAGGUAUUUAAAUUUUUUUAGGAUCACUGAACGGUCUGUUUAGUGAUAUGUUUAGUGAUGAUAUUAAUGGUUAUAUGCACAAUUUGUUUUUCCAUUGUACUACAAAAUGCGUAUUAGGAUCAUGCACUGCUUUGAUUUUGAUUUAGAAAGUUUACGCAUAAGAAAUGAUAGAUUUUACACACUGAUGAACGGUGCAAUACAUAGACAGUGAAGCCAGCAGUAUACAUUGUCAAAAUUGCACUAGGCAGUCCAAAAAAAAAAAAAAAAAAAAAAAAAAAAGAGUAAGGAUUAUUUUUAAUUUGUCGUUUCGUAGAAAAUGUGAGUCAAUUGUACAAAGCUAAGUAUUUUUGAAAUUGUUUAGGAUUCCUGAACAGUCUGUUUAGAGAUACCCAUCUCCAUGUCAAAGUAUAUUUUAAAUGUCGCAUAGAUCUAUAUUUUCAUACAAAUGAUUACUCACAUGCGUAACUAUACUUUACAGUGUAUGCACUGUAUCACAAUGAACCAUAUGUGUGCAUUUCUAUACAUAUGUUUUUGAAUAUAGAAGUGUCUUUGUAUGAUGUCAUACAAUAUGUUGAAUAAGGACCAGUAUUUGGUCUGUACUUGUCAGU